AUGCCUUCGUCGAUCAGUAAAUCUGCCGCCAAGAUAACAGCAUUGGUGGUGGACGACGACAGGACCAACCGGAUAAUGCACCAAAUGCUCUUGAAAAAGCUUGGCAUAGACAACCAGGUGGUGGUGAAUGGAAAAGAAGCUGUUGAUGCUCAUUCUUCCGGACAAAGCUUUGACCUAAUCUUGAUGGACAUGGAUAUGCCUGUGAUGAAUGGCAUUGAGGCGACAAGGAAGCUUCGAUCCAUGGGUAUUCGCAGCGUGAUUGCAGGCGUAUCCAGUCAUUCAGUGGAAGGAGAAGUGGGAGAAUUUAUUGAAGCAGGGCUCGAUGACUAUCAGCAGAAGCCUUUAACAACUGCUAAGCUCCUUUCUAUCCUUCAUAAGCUGGCCAAGCAGGCUACAAGCCUUUCUUUUUGUUGA